GGCGCCAUUUUGGACGGGCCGCGGGAGACGUGGUGCCGCUCAGGGCUCGCUCGGCCGUACGCUAGGCUUGGUGGGAAGGCCUCUUCUCGAGUCCGCGCUUUUUCGUCGCCGCCAUGUCAGGAGGUGGUGUGAUUCGUGGCCCGGCGGGGAACAACGACUGCCGCAUCUACGUGGGUAACCUACCUCCAGACAUCCGAACCAAGGACAUUGAGGACGUGUUUUACAAAUACGGCGCCAUCCGCGACAUCGACCUGAAGAACCGCCGCGGGGGACCGCCCUUCGCCUUCGUUGAGUUCGAGGACCCGCGAGACGCGGAAGAUGCGGUGUACGGGCGUGACGGCUACGAUUACGACGGCUACCGUCUGCGGGUAGAGUUCCCUCGAAGCGGCCGCGGGACCGGCCGAGGCGGCGGCGGGGGUGGAGGCGGCGGAGCUCCGAGAGGCCGCUAUGGCCCGCCAUCCAGGCGCUCGGAGAACAGAGUGGUUGUCUCUGGACUGCCUCCGAGUGGAAGCUGGCAGGACUUAAAGGAUCACAUGCGUGAAGCAGGUGAUGUAUGUUAUGCUGAUGUUUACCGAGAUGGCACUGGUGUCGUGGAGUUUGUACGGAAAGAAGAUAUGACGUAUGCAGUUCGAAAACUGGAUAACACUAAGUUUAGAUCUCAUGAGGGAGAAACUGCCUACAUCCGGGUUAAAGUUGAUGGGCCCAGAAGUCCAAGUUAUGGAAGAUCUCGAUCUCGAAGCCGUAGUCGUAGCAGAAGCCGUAGCAGAAGCAACAGCAGGAGUCGCAGUUACUCCCCAAGGAGAAGCAGAGGAUCACCACGCUAUUCUCCCCGUCAUAGCAGAUCUCGCUCUCACAUAUCUGAAGAGAUGGAUUAAGAAUGCUUUGGAUUAAGGAUUGUGGAGCACAUUUCAAUCAUUUUAGGAUUGUCAAAAGGAGGAUUGAGGAGGAUCAGAUCAAUAAUGGAGGCAAUGGUAUGACUCCAAGUGCUAUUGUCACAGAUGAAAUUGGCAGUAUUGACCUUAUACUAAAAGACAAGGGUUAAAAUUUUUAUCAACAUCUUAUGUGGUUAUUUCUAGCUACAAUUGCUUUGCUUUUUAAACCUUGGCAAUUGUGGCAAAAUUGCCCAUCUUGUAACAAUUAUUUGCUCCCUUCCCCCCUUUUUGUUUUAAUAGGGACUAAUGUGGGAAGAAUGGCUAAUUUGUCAGUGCUUAGUUACAACUGUUAAUGUGUGGCCUGCUGUUGGUGUCCAUAAGGGUACAGGGUGUCUAUUUCCAAACAGAGUAUAAUAUCAAUACUGCUAAAUCUGCAUGUCCUCUGUGUGACUGAUAGAGCGUUAUUAUUUCAUUUUUUAAAGACAAAAUGACAGCAGACUAUAGAAUUCCAACGUAUAGUGUAGAUAAUCUAGUUGGGAGUACUUUAAGUCUCGCCUUCCCUUUUACUAUUCAUAAUUGACUCAUGUUUAAAACACUUUAAUUUACAAGCUAAAUUGCAGACGGGAGCAAUAGAUUUAGUUUAGUCUUAGGUGGGUAGCAAUACCGGUAAACUUCAAUUACAUAACUUUGCAACCACAAAACGUGAUACCUGUACAGUAACAAGUGUUGGCAUUAUCAGUUGAAGUGUAAAUAUAAAGUGCUUCUUCCAGUUAGUCUCUGUAAAUGAUUAAGUUUCUAAAAUUUAUCUAAACACCAUACAGAAACUUGUUUUGGGGAAUUUGAUAGUUAUUGAUGUACAUCUGUUAAACUGAUGACAGACAUAACUCAUCAUUCCCCAGAAACCUUUUUUGAUUACAGUAUCUAACAUUUUGCCUCCUCUUUUUUGGUUUUGCUGGUUAUAAAGGUUUGGAUUGGAGAGGGCUCACUGGAUCCCAAUCCUUGGAGCUGGAUCAUUGGAUUCAAAUCAUAAUGUGGAUAGGAUAGGGAGGAUGAAUUACCAGGAUUCAUGGAGCGGGAUCAGAUUACCAGGAACAUAGGAGUGGAUUCCUUCCUGCCCCAACCAAACCGCAUUCGUGUGGAUUUUUUUUUCAUUCAACUUAAUUGGCUAUUCCAAAGAGUUUUUUCCUAUUUUUGACGAUUGGAGCCCUUAAGAUGCACGAUGGAAUUGUGUUUUGCAUUUUUUGGUAAAAGGAGCAAAGCGAGGACCUGGAGAUAAACGCUGGAGCAAUCUCCUUGGAAGGAUUCAGCACGAGUAGAUGGUAAACAUUUAAAGGGGAAAGGGGGGGUUUGUUUAAAAUAGUAAAUCAGUAAGUCACUUCUAAAUUUAAAGAAAACAAUAUUGGAGUUGAAAGAAUAAGUAGGUUUCCAAUUGGCUAUUGCCGUUUUUCUUUGAAAAAUAAACAUUUUUUAAAAAACGAUGCAUGGUUGUCCUUUUUCCUCUUCAUGUAAAAUUUUGCUGGGUAACUAGUGUAUCAGCUAUUUCUUUAAAUUGAUAAAUUCUGACUUGUUUAUGUGUUGUUAGCAAUUAAAGAUAUUAAUCUAAUAAACGAUAAUAACUGUCUCUUAAUGUUGUGGAAGUCUUAAAGGGAUAAUAAACUGAGUGUGAGGCAGUCAUGUAUGUAGUACACUUAUGUAGGGGUUAAUAGUCUGGAAAUUAAGCUUUCAUAUUUUGCUAAAGUAUGAUUAAGAACUUAUAGGUACUGUUUAUUUUGGUAAUACUUUAGACAAAAUAGGUUUUUGUACAAAAUUGGUUGAUGGCUAGUAAGUUUUGAUGUUGAAGGUAGCUUUUGAAAUCUUUGGUGACACUCAAAUUCAUUAGUAACAUCAGCAGGGGUAAUAGAAAGCAGCACUGAUCUUUUUGAGUUGUGGACAGUAUGCUGACAUAUUAACUGCUUAUAGGGUGAAUCAAUAUGUCUCGUAAAGCUUUUCAGCCAUAAAGAGUAUUCUGUCCCCAAACUUAGUGAUCUGUAUUAAGUCAGCAAUUAUAUCUUAGUCUAGUGUUAUAUAUCUCUGUUAGCUCCUGUAAAGCUGAAUCUUCAUCUUGCUUGGAGUGGAGUAUGGUACUUGUAUUUAAAAUCCCAAGCUUGUGAUUUCCUUAUAGUUAGAAUGAACAAAUCACUCUUCAGUAUCCUAAUGGAAGAAGCUAGAUUUUUAACUUUUCCUUUGGGUUGCUGGCUGAAUUUAAGGUUAGUCAGGUAUAAGAAAAUUUAGGGGAGACUGGAAUUUUAAUAUGAAAGACAUAGGCUUCAAGAAAUUUGCAUAAGGUCACACAACUUACACGUUUUUAAAGACUGUCCUGGAAAAGAAAGUGAUAGAUAAACUAAGUUCAAAACCAGGAUUUCAUUCACUUUAGUGUAGACUCAUUAAGGUUAAGUAACUGUAGUUAAGAGAAUUCAAAACAUAACUAAGCGUAAAUUUGCUUUUGAAAAUAAUCCUAAAGAAUUAGCAUAAAUAUGAUGUGAUUAAAAAUUUAAAUGUGAAUAUUUCUAAGUACAUUGUAUGAUCAGGAAAGUUCUCAAAUGGUGGAUUUUGUUUUUUUCUUUGUGUGACUUUGCUUUGGUCUAGACUUUCCUAGAAUUCAGUAUGUAGCCCAGGCUGGGCUCACACUCCAAAGCAAUCUAGUCUACCAAACUCAUGAAUUAUGAAUGAACUACUAUGCCCAGUUUACUAAAAUAAUUUUGAAAGGCAAAUAUGAGCUCAAUACAAGCAAAUUGGCUAUUUUGAGUGCUUUGGAAACAGGACCAAGAAAUGGCCUCUAUUAAAUGAAGGUUAUCUAUUUUAAGUAGUUCAGCCCUAGAUUGAAAUGAAUAAAAAGUAUUCUUUGCCUUUAUAAGACUAUGUCUUGGGUUUGAACACUAGAGAGCAAUGUUUGGAAAGUACAGUAAGUUUUAAGUCUUAAGAAAUAGACCUAUACCCAUACUGACAAUUUAUGCCAUUUUGGAAAUAAAAAUACUACCUUGAUUUCCACCCCUUCCCCUUCUCUGUUCCCUUAGGAUAUUGUAGGGACCCUAUGAUUAGUUUUUCUAACCAAGAAAGCACUUAAAUCUCUUUAAGCAAGUACUUUGCAUAACAUCUGGUUGAAUAACCCAGCUUGCUGUUCAGCUCAUCCUACUGGAGACAAAGGUAAGACAUUUUGAUACCUAGUUUGGGGUCUAAAUUUUAAGAACUAAAGUUUGGAAUGAAUAAUUUUCUCUUGGAAUGGUCCCCCUUCCCAGCUUUUUAGUAAUUUGAAUGUUUAUAUAUCCGCCCAUCUUAAUUCUGGAGUUGAAUGUGAUAAAUUCUAAGAUCAGCUUUUCUUAGUUUUGUCUAUGAACAUGGUUUUGUAGGGUUGGUGCUAUUUUUAGCUUCCUGUGGUCGAGGUCAAUUCUUGGUGUUUGCCUUUUUGCUUUGUAUAUGAAACUUGUAGUUAAAUUUACAAAUGAAAUAAAAUAUAUGUAUUUAGUAUUAAAAGGAGAGAAAGUAUUAGACUGAGUUCUGUUGUAACAACCAGUUUUGGCUUAUUUCUAUCAUGAUUUGAAGAUCGAUUGACAAUCCACAAUUCUGAAAUCUUAAAAACCAUGAGUACCAGGGAUUGUUUUUGUCGAGCCAAUUGAAUGUAAAAAUCUGGCCAGAAUGAUACCUUCAUUGUAUAAUUAGUGUCACUAAUGAGUUUGCCAGCAGAAAUACUAGUGCGUUCUUCAUUACAAAGUUGCUUAGACAUGUUGAAGGUGUUUAUAUAAGGUACAUGGAUAAAAGCUUCAUGUAAAGUAUGAAAACCGUGAAACUCAAAUACAUCUCUCCUGGGUGGGCAAGGAGUUGAAUGUAGAAUUGUACUAGUAUUGUGGAGGAUUAACGCUGCUGUAUGUAAUUUUGGGAGUGAAUAAAAGGCUGUUACUUUGAAACCCUUAUUGAGAUUUAAGU